CACAGAGAACUGAGGAAAUGAGCUGAGCAAAAACGUCUUGACACAUCAGAGCAGCUCAUUUAGUUGACAUGUAGUUCAUAUCCUGUGAAUACUUUCCAUAUUCAGAUAACUGAAUUAAGCUUUUCAUUUGAUAAGAAGGAAAACUGAUACAAUAUGGGAGCAUCUUCCUCUGGCUUGUUGGAUGAGGCUAAAAUCAGCAACAUCAAAGGACUUGUUGACAGUACGUUCCAGAGCUUCAGUGUGUUUUACCGUCAGCAGUACUCUGCAGCCUACAUCGGACAUUUACACCAGGAGGUGGAGCCUAAGAAAGAGGGGAGGGGCCUAUUGCUCACACCCGAGCCUCAGCCUGAUCAGGAGGGAGUGCUGUACCAAGGGAGUGUUAAGUUCUCCUGCUGGGAUGAGCAGGGGAAGAAAUGCAGAGAGAGAUACGCGGUCCUAAAAAGAGACUACAAUGUGGAGAUACAUGAAAACAUGGAGACUUUCAGUCGGGGAUGUUCACCCAAGGUGGUCCUCCAGCCAGCAGGGGGCAGUGUGUUCACCACAGAAGAGGAGUCCAGAGCUCACCUGGAGCAGACCUGUGCUGGAAUACUCAAUGGCAGAGUGAAGGAGGAUUCUUCUUCAGUGGUAUCAUCUGCAGAUGUGCCUGCUGUCUAUCUGCACCGGCCUUUUAUGGGCCACACCUGCUUCCUGUUCCAACAAGAAGAGGAACGAGAUAACUUCCUGUCUGCCCUCAAGACCUGCAUAAGACACGGCAACCUUGACCACUGGUGAUCCACCAUGACGAGCCAGGCGUACGUCACGAGCCCCCGACUCUACCGCAGGACAAACGGAUGCUAUCGAAUCCUGGGCAAAGCAUGCUGGAGCACUGAGGAACAAGUGCUGGCCUCCCAGGUGAUGGAGGAAGUGUUGUCAUGGUUACAGAGUCAGCUUCAAUCCAGAGUAAAGGGCAAGAAGACAGAAAGGAUACGACAGUGGUUGGCAACAGUGCAGGCCACCUACA